UUGAUAAUUUUCAGUUGAUCAAAAAGUGCGAUUAUUGAAUCACACGGUUUGUGUUGUGUUAUAAUUGUUUGUAUGAUACUUUUUUUAGAUAUAUUUUCUAUUGAAAGCUGAGUAUUAUUUAUCAAUAAUACUAAUACAGAUUUCACACAAAUAGUAGACUAAAUUAAAUUAUCUGAUAGCAUUUCAUUAACCCUAUUACACAUCAUGAUACCUACUCAUAAUUUAACGAAAUUAUUGUUAGUCAUUGGAGUUCUGUUUAUUCUUGCGUGUAGUGUAAGCUCACGAUCAUCAAAUCCAAAUAAAGACAGUCGACCCGUAAAAGAACCUAGUUCUUCAGAAUUAGAUUCUCUACCAGAAAAUGAAAAUCAAGAAGAAUCAUUGAAUGACUUGCAAUUAGGUAGUCAAUCAGGACUUAAGCGUCGUCCCAAUAGAUGCCCUUUAUGUGAUUCCAGCGUAUACAGUUAUUGUUCUGACAAAUUAUUGCAUGAUGCUUGUUGUUGCUUGGAUCCACAAGACUUACCAAAUGAAUGCCAAUUUGCUGAUUGCAGUUUUCUUCAUUCAAAUACGUGCAAAGAACACCGUCUUAUAACUGCUUGCUGUUGUAACCAGUUCACAGCGCAUAAAAAAUAAUUAUUUUCUCAGAUAUGCUUCUAAAUAUUUUUUAUAUUUACUCUAUUGCAA